CGCAUACAUAAAUUUAGUUAUGACUGGUAAAUCCCGUCCAAAUGGAGCUUUGAUGUACGCCUGUUACAUCGUAUGGGGAGUUUUGAUAGUAGGAUAGUGGACAGUUUAGAGAAAGCACGUGUUUUCCGGCGGAAUGAUGAAAGCAGUUGGAACCUUAAGUUUUCACGAUUUCAACAAGACUAGAGAUUUUCCUGCGAGCCACCAAGGCGGGAGUCCCUCAGAUGACGUAAAUAAACCGAAGAAACCAAGACACAGAACAACAUUUUCGCCUUUUCAACUGAAAGAGAUGGAAAAGGCCUUCAGGAAAGCUCCUUAUCCUGAUGUCAUGACGCGGGAAGAAUUAGCACGCCGAUUGGCUCUGAACGAGUCACGUGUUCAGAUUUGGUUUCAAAAUCGACGGGCAAAGUGGCGAAAGGGGUAUUGUCCUAAAUUUGACAUCAGUUCAAAACCAAGUGAGAAGGAAGAGAAAGUGGCUCCCAAACCGCCAUUACCAACACCACCCAAAGAGUCUGCAGAACCAAAGACCGUUCCCUGGCAACCGUGGCCCGCGCUGACCGAGUACUCCGCUUACCCUGCCACCUGGAUGGGAUUUCCUGCCAAUCCUACCCACAACCACCUUCUGCUGAAUCAGCAGUCGCUAUUUUUUCCGCGGGAACCAGGGAAUUCUCGACAGUCUGAUUUAAAUGUACCGUUAAAUCUAGUUCAGAGGGAAUACCUUUACGGAGAUCAUGUUUUUGAUAUGUCCAAAUACUUAGCGAGAGAAAAAGAGUGACGUUACCAAGAAUUUCAUCAUUUUCAUUAAUAUCAAAUGUUUUUGUGUGCGUCCAGAUUCAUUUCUUUGGGCCUACCGGUAUACAUUAAUCCUGAAGAAUUUUGUAAUAUGUGUCAAGAGAGAUUCACCAAAUGUGGACCUCAAGACAGUGGAGUAUAGGAGGUUCUGCCAAGACUUUUACUACCGUUUCAAUGACAGCGUGUCGUUUCACUUAAUCGACCAUGCAAAUUUUCACUCAAUGAUUGGCCAUGUUUUAAAUAAAAGAGAGUUUGAAUAACCACGCUAUGUUAUUUUUUCCCAAAAUGAAUGGUCACCGAGAACAAAAGUGAAACCCCGUUUCAUUGAAAUCUAAGAGAAGCCUGGCCCAAAAUUCAAGUGGUCCGCUGUUAUUGGAACAAUAAGUAGUCCAAACACAACCAGUGUACAGCGGUUCAAUUUCUAUCUCAAGAUUCUGGAAUAUAGUUAUGUAACUUCAUGCGUAUUACCGUAAUGUAAUUUGAGAAAAUGACAUGUAUCUGUGAAGUCCCUGUAUUUUUGUUUUUAUAUGGUGGAUUGUAAUGUGUAACCCACCUUGUAUUUUAGCUGCCAGAGUGCCUUGUUGUAUAUAUUUACUAAAGAAAUUGCCAAAGCGACAUAAUCAUGCGUGCUGGGCCGUGCAAUUGUACAGCAGUAUUAGACUUUUUUUGAUUUAUUUUUUUUACAGCAGAUAUAUUUUACAAACUCCUAUCGGAAGGUAUUCAAUGAAUUCAAUUUACCGUUUUACAAGAAUCUUGAAAUGGCACACGGUAGAUUUCAUUUAUUGAAUAUAAAAUUCCAAGUGUGUGCAAGUUUCAUUUCUCCUAUGUACUUCAAGCUUGUAUUUUUGAUAUGUAUAAGCCCAUUACUUGUUGUUUGAUAAAGUGUUAUAAUUUUAAUAAAUAUACUUCCAACUUG